CAAGAGAGAGAGAGAGAGAGAAGAGAGAGAAAAAAACAAAAAACAGACACUAGAGAGGAAUUCGUGAAACAAAACGCAUUCGCCUCGUUACUCGCGAAUAAGAGAGCGGCUGCCAAGUGAAAAGGCAAAUAAAAGCGAACUCGGAGUCAGACGCGAGGGAGAAACGGGAUACGAGCUCGAAGCCUUACAUCCUGUGGGACGAUCACGUGCUUUCGGCGGGAGCCCUAUACUGUUUCUCUGUACUUCUUAAUCGCCAGGAACCGCCCGCAUUAAUGGUGGUUCACGCUACAGGUUCCCUCCUCCAUCUGCGGAUAAUGCCAAGCGAGGUCCUUUCGCGGGUACAGAGGUACCAAGAGAGUCAGACAGACGUCCAAAUACCGUGAGUUUAUAUCUGUGCUGAGGUGGUUGAGUUCACUGCUGUUGGUAGUUCGUGCUCGACGCGAAGAAAUGCUCUUACCGAGAGACAGGAGGCUCUGACAAGAUGGACUGGGCUGUAAAAAGGAUGUUUUUUCCAAACAGGAAAAUGGCAGCUGUGAAAACCUACAAUAAGACAUGUCAUACCAAGAAUAUGAUAAUUCCUUGAUUGCCCACAGAGGGUUUCCCUGAUGCUUUUGUUUGCCAGCGAGUGUGCAGCGGCGCAUCACACAAGGAGGUUGUUGGGCUUCGAGACCCUCGUCGAGACCGAGUAAUGAGUCUGUAGCAUCACUUCCCGUCUCUCUUUCUCCCCAGGGCCGCGGGCGACGCCCUCUUCCGUCCUCACACGUUGUCGAGAGGGAGGCUCGGCGGAGGCGCCGUCGAGUGGCAAUCGAGGAGGGCAGACCAGGUGUAAUGUGAGUGACCGCGACCACCUGAGCCGUUGGUCAUGUGGCGGCGGGGUCGGAGGGACGCGCCGGCCGCCCAGCCCGCCACACCGUCGAGGCGAGUCACGGGGCCCUGAGCUCCUCCUCCUCCUCCUCCAGCGGAUCUUCCUCGCUCAGCCGGCAACGAGGCGCGCUUUCCCGGCGAGGCCGUGGCGUUCCCACCGCACAACGUGAGUGUUCUCUGAAGGAGGAGGACUCGGCCAGUCAUGCCAGGCCGGUGCGACGUGAGCGUGUGACAUUUUCUGACCAAGUGCAGGAUGUGGUGAUCGAAAUGGUGGAAUUCUGAUGUCAGGCGUUGGAGGAACCAGUGGCUCUGGGCUAGAAUCUUAACAACUGUGAAUUUACUGAAUUCGGAAAUAGUUAUUCCAAAGUUAUUUCAAAGAGAGUGAGACAUAAGGGGAAAAUAGGAAAGGAAACAGAAAAGUUGGAAAGUAAAAGAGAAAGAGAAAGGGGGAAUCUGGUGUAGAAGCAUAUUCCAAUGAAAAGGGAGGGGAAUGCACAAGGAGUACUACUGAAACGUCGAAAACUUUUCCGAACGACCUUCUGAAGUCAGAAAUGUAAUUUUGAAGAAGAAGAAAGAAAACGACGUGAUCAAUUUUCCGACUUUGAAAAAAAACUGAAGAGACUGGAAGCAAAACAAGAAAGAGAACAAGAAAGACCAAGGAAGCAGCAGCACUUACAGACUCGAGAAUCAGCCGAAGACGCAAAGAUGGCGCUGAGUCGAAGGAUCAAAUUCGGAUACGGCGUCGGCCACGUCCUGAACGACCUGUGCGCCUCCAUGUGGUUCACUUAUCUACUCGUCUACCUCCAGUAUGUUCUACAGCUGGACCGAGGGCUGUCCGGGUUCCUGCUGAUGGUGGGGCAGGUGGCGGAUGCUGUCUCGACGCCUCUCGUGGGCCUGCAGAGCGACCGCGGAUGCAGCAUCUCCAACUACGGCCGGAGGAAGACGUGGCAUCUCAUCGGUACGAUUUGUGUCCUCGUCUCCUUCCCAUUCAUCUUCAUCGUGUGCGGCAUCUGCUUCGGAGCUCUUGGCUUCGGCUACGUGCUCCUGUUGGGCUUCAUGAUCUGUCUCUUCCAGUUCGGCUGGGCUUCCACUCAAGUCUCUCACCUCGCUCUCAUACCGGACUUAACCGACUCGAAGGCGGAAAGGGAGGAACUGAACUUAAUCAGGUAUGUGUUCGACGUGUGCAGCGACGUCCUGGUGUACCUCGUGGCCUGGGUCGCCUUCUCCGAAGACUCCUUCGAGGAGAGGUUUAUCGACCCGAGCGACUCGGACAAGUUCAAGAGCAUCACCCUCACCAUCCUAGUCGUCGGCACCAUCUUCUCCGUCGUCUUCCACGUGAUGACCCCCGAGGACAAGAGCGGCAGGUGGUCCCGCGACGACGAGGCCGAGGUUAUCACCCAGGAGGCCGGCACCGCACAGACGUCGGCCGGAGACGCUGCAGAAGGGGACCGCGUCAGGAGGCCGAGGCUGCAGAUGACGUGGCGCGACUGGCUGACCGAGCCGCAGUUCUACCAGGUAUCAAUGCUAUACGCAUCUGCUCGCCUGGUGGCCAAUCUUGCAAACAUCUAUAUGCCAAUUUACCUGCAAGAGACUGUCCAUGCCAAGGAGACCAUGAUCGCCCUCAUCCCGCUGGUGAUGAGCCUGUCCGGCGUCGGCGCUUCCUUCCUCCUUCGUCUGCUGAGGAAGGGGAUUGGCAAGAAGCCAGCGACCGUCGUGGGCAUCGUCGUGGGUCUGGUGGCGAGCACGGUGUCGGCGCUGCCCUGGAUGCCCAGCUGGGCGCUCUUCUCCGUGGCGGUGCUGUGGGGCGUCUCCGGGUCGCUCCUGGUCAUCCUGUCGCUCUCCUUCGCCGCGGACCUCAUCGGCAGGAGCACCGACAGCUCGGCCUUCGUGUACGGGAGCAUGAGUUUCGGCGACAAGGUGUUGAACGGCGUCGCUGUCUUCAUGAUCCAGGAACUGACUCGAGUGGCAUGCGAGGGACCCAACUGCUCCAUUUAUUACCGUCAUGUCAUGAGCCUGGGCAUCUUCAUUCCGCUCAUCCUGUCAUUUGUCGCUAUUUGCCUUCUCUCCCGUGUCAAGCUGGGACGAACGCGAAAACUAGUACAAGCUCAACAGGACGAGGACGAGUCAAGCGUGAGCUCCGUCCACUCCGACUCCAGUGAGAUUCUUUUGUCUCCCGGGACCAGCCUCGGUUAUGGCGCCAUUACCAAGGCCUAGAUUCUUGUGAAAAUACAUCGGAAAUCAAGGCACUUAGAGAUGUUUGGCUGUUUUUUUUCCAGCAUCGUUUAUUUUUUCUAUUUAUUAUAGUCUGUUUUACAGUUCCGUAGGCGGUUUUGUUAUCAUUUUGAAUCGGUUCUGUUGCGCGUUCGAAUCACAACAUUGGUUCGCAUUUUUUUUAUUUGACUUAUUACUAUUCUUUUUGAUUCUAGUUUCUUGAGAGCUCUGUGCUGAUUCAGAUCAUUCCCUAUAAAAAUAAGAAUAAAAGAAACACGAAAAAUCAAAAUGCUAUAAAGAUAAUAUGGUUACUCAUUAGUUAUCUUUUAUUCAAAUGCAAACGCAUUUCCAACAUUGCAUUCUUCGUUGAUCAGUAAAGUCAUGUCAUGGAUUGCUAUAGAAUACGUGGUAAAAUAACCUUGUAAAUCAUGAACACAUCAUAUCCUCAGUUAUUUACGAACUGUAGCAGGUGUCUAACCGAUCGAUCGACUCUUCACACACACACACACA